AUCUUCGGAUAGAAUCAUCAAAAGCUUCACCGUCCACUCCCCGAAGGAGCAGAGAAGGGAGAAAGCAAAGCUCAACAAUGGCGUCGGUUUCGAUUCUCUCGUCUUCUUCAUCGGUCCUUUUCUCUUCACGGGGCAGCCCUUCCGCCUCGCUCACCUUCCUCACUGGUUCAAGAAGCAGGAACGCCCCUCCGGCCGUGAGCUUACCGGGCCCCGCGUCGGCCCGCUCUGCUCUGCUCCACUGCUCCUUCUGCCCUAGUUCUUCGUCUUCCCUGUCCUUCCCUUCUUCCUUCUCCGGUUUGUCAUUGGGGUUUGGUUUUAAUUUGGGCACUGGGGCAAGACCCGAGAAACGACGUGGCCUAGUGGUGAGGGCAGGGAAGGCGGCCCUUUGUCAAACAAAGAGGAACCGGUCACGCAAGUCUCUGGCUCGGACUCAUGGAUUCCGAAGAAGAAUGAGAACGACCAGUGGAAGAGCUAUCCUAAAGCGCAGAAGAACCAAGGGCAGAUGGGUCCUCUGCCCCAAGUCCUACCCGAAGAGUGGCAAAGAAGCCUAAGCUUCACUUCAUUUUUUGUAUGUUUUAGAGCACGUUCUUGUAUGCACCAUCAAUCGUAUUUGCUAAUUCAUAGGAUAUGUUUGAACUUUCUCUUGCCUUCUUUCAUUCUGUUUGCCACCAUUUUGCCCUUUACUGGUGAAAAUUAAAUUCGGAGUUGCUCUCAAUGAACAUAGAAUUUGUUAGUUUAGUACCGGGGCGCCUUUUGGCUGCUACAUGGAUGGGUGAACAUGGAUGCAAUGAUCAACUGAAAAGCCAUGUGCGCCGGCAAACUUGUUCAACAAGUGUUUUAGUGGCUGCAUGUUCUACGAUCUGUACUCUGCGCUGCGUAUGCCUGCGCGCUCCCAGGGAGAGAUGGUAUCUUUUUCCCCAGCUCAUAGAACUGUGGUGAUUGGGGUAAUACUCGAUCACAGGAAGGGCUAUGAAUCACUGGUGGACGGUGUCAUGACUAUGUGUUCGUUGACUGAGUGUCAUGCGCAGCAGUGUAGUGGCGGGUGAAGAUCAGUCGCUGUGGAUGCUAUAUAUUGACCGUGCAUGAACAGACUUGUGGGCGUGGUUUCUCGAUUGUAGGCCUACCUCUCUGUGUUUGUAAGCGACAUAGGCAUGUGUGAGCAUGCUAGUAUGAGCAUGGCUGCUCGAUCUUGGAGGAUUAGCUUGCAUGGCCAUUGAGUAAAGUAAAGAAUGUGCUCUGUUGCUAAAACUUGAGCGUAAUAUAGCAGUUUGAUGAGUGCUA